AUGUUUGACAAUUAUAGUACGAGUAACCAGACUGGUGAUGAUAUGGGCAAUGAUGGAUGCACGCAACACGUAACUACAAAGGCCGAGAACGUUGGGAAGCUAUCAGCCUACGUCAUCGUAUUUGCAAUUUCACUCUUUGGGAAUAUUCUCAUUUUGAAUGUAAUCUGCAAAAGCAAGAAUAUGCACAGAAACACCAACCUUUUGAUUCUGAAUAUGGCCAUCUCGGAUCUAGUCAUACCAGUUUUUGUGAUCCCUAGAAGAGUUAUACAAAUCGCUCUGGAAUUACCCUCAGCCAAAUGGAUCCUCUCUGGAGUAACAGGAGAAAUAACUUGCAAGCUGCAGACGUUCAUGCAGGAUUUUUCCGGUCUGGUCUCAACCCUUACACUGGUUCUAAUAUCCCUAGAAAGACUAGUGGCCGUCGCAUUUCCACUCCGCGCCAAAAUGGUCACAUACAGGUUACGGGUGAAUAUGAUAAUUUUGUCUUGGGUGGUUAGCGCAGCCAUCCAUGCUCCAUACUUCUACAUCUUCAAACUAUUUGAAUUUAACUCUGAAGUGUACUGCAUUGCAUCCUGGGAGCCUGCUUUUGAAGAGCCCUCGACUGGGAAAUUCUACAUCACCUUUCUUUGUAUUUCCGUGAUUUUAAUUCCGUUUAGUCUUUUAGCUGGCAUAUACACAGUUAUAGUGUCGAUUCUGAUCAGGCAAAGGAACCACUUGCGAGAUGCAGUUCGUGGAGGAAUUAUACGAGACAAAAUGAACAGAAAUGUACUGAAAAUGGCUGUGACAAUUGUUGUGAUAUUUGCCAUUUGUUGGGCUCCUCUCAAUAUCAAUCUGCUUCUUUUGACAUUUUUCAGGAAAUCUCAAAAUGCGUGGUGCACUCCUCCUGCUUUUGCAUUCACUGCCGAGUUCCUUGUGAUCGCCAACGCCGCUAUCAAUCCGUUUGUAUAUUUUGGCUUCGUGGAAAAUUAUCGACGCAAUCUUAAGAGAGUUCUCACCAAGUCUAUCUUAAGUACGAACGUUAGGAAAACUGGAAAGAGGCUAAGUGUUCGUCGCGAAACAUUUGAACUGACAUCUAUAACUUGCGAUAGAGUGCCCAGCUCUGAGAACGUGGUCUCAGGAAUUCGGAUGAUCUCGUCAAAGAGACUAGACUCAACAAGACGCAGGAGCGAAGUAACAAUGGCGGAGAACCUGUAA